GACCAUCCCAGGGCUGAUUAUGAGUUUAAAGUAAUGCAGAAGUCUCUGAAGAUGGAACAAAAAUCACAACACAAGAUUGAAAAGCUCACAUGUGGAGAUCGCCUGCCUGCCUACAUGACAAAUCUUGUUAUGAUCCUGUUAAUGAUCGGCGUAACGUUUGCCAUUGUGUUUGGUGUGAUCUUGUACCGAAUCUCCACCAAAGCUGCUCUUCACAUGAGUUCUAGUCAAAUCUCCAGAAACCACAUACAGCUGACAGUAAAAACCACCGCUGCCAUCAUCAACCUGGUGGUCAUCCUCAUUCUGGAUGAAGUCUACGGAGCUGUGGCCCGAUGGCUCACUGUUCUGGAGGUGCCAAAGACUGAGAAAAGUUUUGAAGAACGGCUCAUCUUUAAGACCUUCGUUCUCAAGUUUGUAAAUGCGUUCACCCCCAUCAUCUACAUCGCUUUCUUCAGAGGAAGGCUGGUAGGGAGACCAGGGAGGUACCUGUACGUGUUUGAGUCUUACAGGAUGGAGGAGUGUACCCAUGGAGGCUGUCUAAUGGAGCUGUGUAUCCAACUGAGCAUCACUAUGUUGGGAAAGCAACUUAUACAAAACAACCUUUUUGAGAUUGGAGUGCCCAAACUGAAGAAACUUAUUCGAUUCAUUCGUUCCAAACAAGCAGCUUUUCAUGGAGAAGAGAGGAAACAGAAGUUGCAGCGAUACGAAACUGAUCAUUUCUUGGAACCAUUUGCUGGGUUAACCCCUGAAUACAUGGAAAUGAUCAUCCAGUUUGGUUUUGUAACAUUGUUCGUAGCAUCGUUCCCACUGGCUCCCCUCUUUGCUCUGCUCAACAACAUUAUUGAAAUACGGCUUGAUGCUAAGAAAUUUGUGACAGAACUGCGAAGACCAGUGGCAGCAAGAGCCAAGGACAUAGGUAUCUGGUAUGACAUACUUAGAGCUGUGGCAAAAGUGGCUAUCAUCAUCAAUGCCUUUGUAAUAUCCUUCACUUCAGACUUCAUCCCACGAAUGGUCUACCAGUAUAUGUACAGUCCUGAUGGCUCCUUGCAUGGCUUUGUGAACCAUACUUUGUCCUACUUUAAUGUCAGUCACUUUGAGCAAGGCAAAGAAACCAUGGAUCCUCUGCAUCUUGGCUAUUCUGUUGAUGUUUGCAGGUAUAAGGACUACAGAGAACCUCCCUGGUCUUCCACACCGUAUGACAUCUCCAAGGAAUUCUGGGCAGUGCUAGCUGUGAGACUCGCCUUUGUUAUUGUUUUUCAGAACGUUGUGAUGCUGAUGAACGAUAUUGUCGACUGGUUAAUCCCAGACAUCCCCAAAGACAUCAGCCAGCAGAUUCACAAAGAGAAGAUUCUCAUGGUUGACCUCUUCAUGAAAGAAGACCAACGAAAAGAAGACCAACGUAUGAUCAAUCUGCGCGAGGCGGGGGGCUCGUCGGGCAUCGAGAUGUUCAGGAGGAGCACACAUGCUCAUCCGUUCACCACAGACACCAACAGCACCAAGACAUUCUGACAUCAGGAGCAAAAGUUAGUUCAGCUCGAUAUCAGCUAACUGGUUUUUGUUGUGCCAAGAACAUUCCAACAGCUGGAGAGCAGCUGGCUUACUGAGUGUGACAGAGGCAAAGGUGUGCUCAGAUGUCUUCAUUUGUGUGGAUAGUUAUGAAAAACGUCAGUCCAUUCAUGCUUACAGUACUAAGCACUAAUUUAUAUGUCAACUUUUACUCAACUUUGCAUGCAUUUAAACCUGUUAGUUCUUAUCACCUAAAUAUUGUAGACAAAUUCUAAAUGUUUAUGCCUUCCUACAAAGUGCUGCUCAGCUCUAGUUUACCUUCACUGUUCUGUAGAACAAGGAUUUCUUUUCAAUCAGUGAACAGAAAGAGAAGUUGUGAACAACAAUGUCGAUUUUCUGCACUGUUUUAGGCUGUCCCAAUUCAUGGGCUGCAUCCCCAUAAGUGCGCAUUUGUUGUCUGCCUACGUCAUUGCCCUGCAAGUGCUGUCCCAAUUCGAAGGCAGAGGAAUGUGGCCCACAAAAUCUCAAAAAUCAAGGAUGAAUCUGAGAAAGUGGAAGUCUGAAUAAUAGCAGGAACCCACUUAUCUUGGGCCGUAUCUGAAAACCCAAACCAAACAGCCCAGCAAGUUGAAUCUAAGCAAAGACUCUCUGUACAAACUCAAAACUUCUAAAAACACUUCUUCCACUCAAUUAAUGAUGAACUGACCUCAUAAUGUGUUUCUCUUCCUGGUUACACCCCUGGAGGUGUUGCCUUUUAUGUAAGAUAUUAAAGUAACCAACUUUGUUUAUACUACAGCCAGAACACAUUGAUAAUUGUCACAUGGCAAUAUACUAUUUUGUGGAUUGAUGUAUGUGCUGCUGCUACUACACCGGAAUUUCCCCGCACUGUUAUGAUUUUUGUCUGUGUUAAGUGUUUUUAUUUUUAGUUUCUGUCAUGUUCAUGUUUCCUUCCUCCU